AGCUAAGCUAUGGCGAUGGCGGCAGUGGCAGCGUCUCUCCGCGCAAAUCUCCGCUGCAAGAGGCCAUGGCAGGAGGCGAGCGGCGCGCUGGGCGACCUGGGCACAUUCGUCCCGAUCGUCGUGGCGCUAACCCUAGUGAGGGGCCUGGAUCUCGGUACGUCGCUCAUCGCCACCGGCCUUUACAACGUCGUCACCGGCGCGGUGUUUGGCGUGCCAAUGCCCGUCCAGCCGAUGAAAUCCAUCGCCGCGGUGGCCAUCACGGAGGGCGAUUGGUCGCUCAGCAUUCCCCAGGUCAUGGCCGCGGGGCUGUGCGUUUCCGGGAUCGCUUUCUUCCUCGGGAUCACUGGGCUCAUUCGAGUCGUGGCGUGGAUCGUACCCCUGCCGGUGGUGCGAGGGAUCCAGCUCGCGCAGGGGCUCUCCUUCGCGAUCACUGCCGUGAAGUAUGUGCUCCAGGAACAGGAUUUCUCCAGAGGGAAGGCUACCGGGGACAGGCCUUGGCUGGGACUGGAUGGGAUCCUGGUCGCUCUCGCUGCUCUGGGAUUCAUCGUUCUUGCCAAUGGAUCCGGGCAAGGCGUCGAGAAUUCACAGCGUGGUGAUGAUCAAGAUCAAGAGGCCGGUGACGAAGAAGAACACGUCGAAAGCUCAUCGCCCACCACCUUUGCGACGAGGAUUCCAACCGCGCUGAUCGUGUUCUUGGUCGGGAUCCUCCUCGCAGCGGUGAGGAACCCGAGCAUCUUCGAUGCUCUUCGGCUGGGACCAAGCAUCCCUCGCGUCACAAGGAUCACUGGCGAAGACUGGAAGAUUGGUUUUGUGCGAGGAGCGAUCCCGCAGCUCCCUCUCACGAUCCUCAACUCGGUGGUGGCGGUUUGCAAGCUCUCCAAGGAUCUCUUCCCGGAGAUGGAAGAUCGCGUGUCGCCGACCAGGGUCUCGGUGAGCGUCGGGAUCAUGAACUGGAUCGGGUGCUGGUUUGGAGCUCUCCCGGUUUGCCACGGCGCUGGGGGACUGGCCGGGCAGUAUCGAUUUGGAGCGAGCUCGGGAGCGUCAGUGGCGAUGCUUGGAGCUGCCAAGCUUGUGCUUGGAUUGCUGCUAGGGAGCUCUUUGAUCAGGCUUCUAGACGCGUUUCCUAUCGGGCUUCUGGGGAUCUUGCUGCUCUUCUCAGGGGUGGAGCUCGCCAUGGCUUGCCGGGAUCAGACGAGCAGGCUGGAUUCGUUUGUGAUGCUCACCUGUGUGGCAGUGUCGCAGGGAUCCAAGAGUCUUGCCACUGGUUGUGUGUGUUCUAUACUUCUGUUUGUGUUGCUCAAGGUGAGAGAUGUGGUGUUUUGGAGGCGUCUCUCUACUAGGAGCGAUCUACAGCCACUGCUGUAAAGCCUGUCAAAAUAAUUAUGAUAUAAUUAUAUUUCACUUAUAAACAAAUUUAUUUUUUCCUUG